AUGCAAGCUCGUCACGAUUACAUCACUGCUAUUCUUAACGUCCGCACCGGUGAAGCCGUUGAGAUUGCCCUUGAGGAAUCUCUUGACAUGCUACGUCUCAGCCGAGGCGACAAUCUUGGUGUUCGCUCACAAAUUCCUGCGCUGUAUCUUCGACUUGGAAGGGAUCAGGAAGCUUAUGGUUUCAUCAAGUGGUAUGCUGCCAAAGGUGACUCUAUGUAUAACUGGAGCGACAUGAGCUUGCCGUUCCUUGAUCUCGAAAGUGAAGGUGCAUUUGAGGCUGUUAUUGAGAGACCUCAUUAG